ACGCGAAAAUUGUCACUUAGUAAGAGCACGUGUUGACUUGCCUGUUCUUCCAGAAUCCGCGGCUCUCUUUUCCUCUCACCGCCAUCACCACAAUCACCACAUCAACAAACAUAUCAACACCACCAUGGAUCUCCGUUCGGAAAUCCUCGCAUGCCUCCAUGUCACCAUGAUAAUCACCCUCCCCAUAGUCACCUUCACCGUCGGAACAGCCAUCAUCUACAAAGCAGGCUCGUACCUCGGCUAUCCCAUCGGCCAGUUCCUCGCGGGCCUUUUCAAGCCUUUUGUGACUGAAUCACAAGACCAGUACGGCAACCCAACAAAGACACCCAACUAUCACCCUGAGCAACUCGCGCAUCUUUGCGGGGUAUUCUUUGCAUUCACUCUCUGCUUUGCGGCGUUUUCGGCGGAACUUGUCCGGGAGGGUCUUAAGGAUGUUCAACAGGGUGCAUCAUGGGAUCUGUGGCGGGUGGAGGGUGUUAUGAUUCGGAGUUGUGUAGAAGGGCUGUUGACGUUGGUGAUUUUGAGGGUGUUGGGGAAGGUUGUGGUUUGAGGUGUUUCACCUGUCUAUAAUAUCUAUAGUGAUCGUGGUAUGUAUGCGUAUAUCUUGAAGAGUCGAUCGAUAUUAAAUAAGAAUGUAGAUUGACUUUUAUUCAGAAUCUCACAAGGCUGGGAAUGGUGGAUAGGAGAAUGUCUCAUCUUCGGGGCAUUUAUAAUUUCAAUGGUUUCACGAGCAUUCCAUCAGGAAUACCAUCAACCGGGGUGGAUUGAAGUUAUUCAACAUGCUUGGCCGGCAUCUUGCAGGUACCGGUAAGCACAGCAUGAUGUCGGGAUCAACUGUCAUCACUGAUCAGAAUGUAGAUCUGAGCAUCAGCCAUCAGCCACCGAGUCGAUCAUCGAUAUCAGAUUGACC